UCUUUUUACAGAACCAAAAUGAAUCAGUUGUUGGAUUCUCCAAUCGAAUCUUUAGCAUUUAACUAUGUAAGCUUUGGGAUUUUCACGGUUGGCAAUAAUCUCUGGACGUGGAUCGCUGUUGUCACGGCUGCGCUUAGUUUCUGGAAGAUCAGAGCAGCCGCCGGAGCCGUCGUUUCAUCAGGGUAUGUUCAAAGCAACGACCCGAAACCGUCGACGUCCAUUUCCGACGAGUCUCCACCGGUUCCCGAACCCGAUAGCGAGCAGCCGACCCCUUCAUCUUCGGUCGUGGAUACGAGCGUUUCGCCGUUAGUUUGCAGAGGAGAAGUGGUGACCAGAGGGAAGUUUAAGCUGACUGUUUAUUUCGACGAUGACGGAGAAGAGAGUGACGUAGACGUCGACGAUGGUGGAGUGAGGGUAACGGGACGGAGUGACGGCGGUGGCGGCGACUGUAACGAAUGGUGGGAGAGCUGGGAAGGAGUGUUGAAGUUGAGGAACGGGGAAACGGGGUGGUACCGUCAUCAGGAUUUGUCGGCGUUAAACGGCAACGUCGUUAGGUUAUGGGAUGAAUCAUGCAAGUGUAGGACAAAAGCUCAAGCUGUUGUGCUGUAACGAUGGCUGGUUGUGGUGGCAUUUUAGGAAUAAUAAUAAUAAUAAUAAUU